GCCACCUACCCACCCACCCAAACAGAGAAGAAAACAAAGUCCGCUUAAACCAAACCGCGAAACCUUUUUUUCUCGGAAAACAACACCAGACCCGACCGAUCUCGCUCCACUCUCGCUGAAGCCAUGGCCUGCACGAGCUUCACGAAACUCAAUGCGGCGUCGUCUCAGUGGAUCGGCCAGCAGCCCUUCACUCAGCGCCACGGAUCAUCGGCUACUCGCCGAGUCUCCGUCCCGAUCCGCGCCAAGGCUUACACCGACGAACUCGUCCAAACCGCUAAAUCGAUCGCGUCUCCUGGUCAUGGGAUCCUAGCCAUUGACGAAUCCAAUGCAACCUGUGGGAAAAGGCUAGCGUCUAUUGGGUUGGACAACACUGAGACCAACCGACAGGCUUACAGACAACUCUUGCUUACCACUCCUGGCCUGGGUGAAUACAUUUCUGGGGCCAUUCUUUUUGAGGAAACACUGUACCAGUCGACUACAGAUGGGAAGAAGUUUGUGGACUGCUUGCGUGCCGAGAAGAUCGUUCCUGGCAUUAAAGUUGAUAAGGGUUUGGUUCCCCUACCAGGAUCAAACAAUGAAUCUUGGUGCCAAGGCUUAGAUGGAUUGGCUUCAAGAUCUGCUGAAUACUAUAAGCAAGGUGCUCGUUUUGCUAAGUGGCGGACAGUUGUUAGCAUUCCUUGUGGCCCUUCUGCUCUAGCUGUCAAGGAAGCUGCAUGGGGACUUGCACGUUAUGCUGCUAUUUCUCAGGACAAUGGUCUUGUGCCAAUUGUCGAACCUGAGAUUCUUCUUGACGGGGACCACCCAAUUGAGAGGACACUUGAAGUGGCAGAAAAGGUCUGGUCGGAAGUGUUCUACUACUUGGCUGAAAACAAUGUAUUGUUUGAGGGAAUCCUACUUAAGCCCAGCAUGGUAACCCCAGGGGCUGAACACAAAGAGAAGGCUUCUCCACAGACCAUUGCCCAAUAUACACUCACAAUGCUUAAAAGGAGAGUUCCUCCAGCAGUUCCAGGAAUCAUGUUUUUGUCAGGAGGACAAUCUGAAGCGGAAGCAACCCUGAACCUAAAUGCCAUGAACCAAAGCCCCAACCCAUGGCAUGUUUCCUUCUCAUAUGCUCGUGCACUGCAGAACUCUGUGCUCAAGACAUGGCAAGGACGUCCUGAGAGCAUUGAAGCUGCGCAGAGAGCACUUUUAGUGCGAGCAAAGGCAAACUCCCUGGCUCAGCUUGGAAAAUACUCUGCUGAGGGUGAAAAUGAGGAAGCCAAGAAAGGAAUGUUUGUCAAGGGCUAUACUUAUUGAGCCAGAGUCUGAGUCAACUCAUGCCUCUUGGCCCUUGGAUGUGUACUUUCUGUUUUGCAUAUUUAUUUUUAUUUCUUUCUUUUUGGCUAUGUAUGUUGAGCAGACUUACUAUUAGAUGAGCUUUUUAAUUUCUUUCUCCCCCUUCUCAUUUAAGACUAGAGAGCUGAAUAAUACCUGUGAGAAAGAAAUGUUUUUUAGAACUUCAACGUAGGAAGUUGUUGGGAUCAGGGGAAAGCAAGAACAAUUAUCUUGAAAUUGUAUCUUUCCUAAGUUAUGGUUCCUGAAAUUCCAUGGAUCUUGAGGAUA